UUGAGGGUGCCAGCGGCAGUUGAGAGACGUCAGCCACUCAAGAAGAAGAAGAAGGCCACUUCACUUGAAUAACUUUACUGGACGGCCUGACUUUGAAAUCACAUCUCUUCCGGCAAUGGACAGCAGGAUCAGACCUCUUGGCCUGACCGGGCACACCGCCAACCCGCUCGGUGGCUUGCAGGUGCCCCCUUCCCUCCUGCGUCCACCGCCUCUCUUCCUCCGGGCUUGUAACCCCGCUCUGGAGAGAGGAUACCCCCGCACACCGAAGUGCGCCAGAUGCAGGAACCACGGCGUGGUCUCGGCUCUCAAAGGCCACAAACGCUUUUGUCGCUGGAGAGACUGCGUGUGCGCAAAGUGCACUCUGAUUGCGGAGAGGCAGCGCGUAAUGGCCGCGCAGGUGGCGCUGAGGAGGCAACAGGCGCAGGAGGAGAGCGAGGCCCGGGAGCUCAGGCUCAUGUACCCUGGCUCGGGCAUCGGUGGGGAAACAUUGAACCCUCGGGGGUCACCAUUAGGGCCCGGGGUGCCAGCAGCUUCCAGCAGCACUCCAACAGCUCCCAGUUUUGAUGUUUUUGGAGCAGAGGACCAAAAGGACGAUGACAAACUGAGCAAGUACAACUUCUAUAAUGGAUUCAUGGGCCGGCCCCUCUUUGCGCCCCGGCUCCCCUCUCCAAACGACAAGAAGGAUCUGUCUCCAAACAAGGACAACACGGCCUCAUCCAAUGAUGGCACCGAGAGUCCACCUCCAGUGUUUGAUCACAUGGAGAGUCCACAGAGGUCGCUUUCCUCCUCGGAUACGGAGUCAGGCAGCGAGUCGGAGAAACCAAAAGACUUCCCAAGCCUGGACCGGGACCCCACUGAUAUUAUGGCCAAGAUCUUCCCCCAUCAGAAACGGGACACCCUGGAGUCUAUGGUGAGAACGUGUAAAGGCGACAUUGUCAGAUCCAUCGAGCUGGUGUUGAGCUCCAAAGAGAACAAAAUUGACUCUGAUAGUUUGUCUCACGCAAGCGCACUCAGGCCUUCUGUUGAACUGCCUGGAGCGCUUGGUGCUCUGGGGAACAAGUCUGCCUUCUCCCCGCUCCACAUGCCACCCACUGCCGCCGGGGGAGGCAGUCUGUACGGGCUCAGUCCUCGUCUCGGUGUCAGCCCCCUGCGGCUCGCCUACUCCUCUGCAAAUGCAGGUUUUAUGUCUCCAUACAUGACAUCCGGACUGAUGCCAGUGUUUCCACUGCGUCCACCACUGGACUCAUAUUCCUUUCCGGGCAUGAUCCGAGACCUCUCUUACCUUCAGAGCAAGGAGUCGCUUUGCAGUACAGGUCUUUACGCACGACUGAACAGUGACAAAUGACAAAUGAAACACAAUAAAGACUUUUAUUAAUCAUAUUGUAAAUUUACCUUUAAAAAGCCAUUCAAAUGCCUCAAACUCUGCAUUAUGACAAUUUCCUUUUAAAACUUGAUUGUUUUUUUUUAUAGUGUACAUGUUGUAAAGAUGUUUUUAAUAUUAAUAAAGCUAU